CCGCGGCCUGCCCGCGCGAGCCACUGAGGCUGAGGGAAGCCAGGGAGGGGGGCGGAGCGGGCCUGGCGUCGAGGUCCGGGCGGCGGCGGCGGCUGAGGCGACGGGCUCGCUCGUGAGGGACAAGAAUGAGUUAUGCAGAAAAACCCGAUGAAAUCACGAAAGACGAGUGGAUGGAAAAGCUCAAUAAUUUACACAUCCAGAGAGCUGACAUGAACCGCCUGAUUAUGAACUAUCUUGUUACAGAGGGCUUUAAAGAAGCAGCAGAGAAGUUCCGGAUGGAGUCUGGGAUUGAGCCCAGUGUUGAUUUAGAGACCCUGGAUGAAAGAAUAAAAAUCCGAGAGAUGAUCCUCAAAGGUCAGAUUCAGGAAGCCAUCGCACUAAUCAACAGUCUCCAUCCGGAAUUGUUAGACACCAACCGGUAUCUUUACUUCCACUUGCAGCAACAGCAUUUAAUCGAGUUGAUUCGGCAACGGGAGACAGAAGCCGCCCUUGAGUUUGCUCAGACGCAGCUAGCGGAACAAGGGGAAGAGAGCAGAGAAUGCCUGACGGAGAUGGAACGCACUCUGGCUCUGCUUGCUUUCGAUAAUCCCGAGGAGUCGCCUUUUGGAGAUUUGCUGAACAUGAUGCAGAGGCAGAAAGUGUGGAGUGAAGUGAACCAGGCCGUUCUAGACUACGAAAACCGCGAAUCGACACCCAAACUGGCGAAAUUACUGAAGCUACUACUGUGGGCUCAGAACGAGCUGGACCAGAAGAAAGUAAAAUAUCCCAAAAUGACAGACCUCAGCAAGGGGACGAUUGAGGAACCCAAGUAAAAUGUGUGCAGGUGGACACUAAACCCUCGGAACUGCACAGUUAUAUACAUUUUUAAUCAGUCUGUGACUGAAAUAUUUUUACUACAGUUCAGGACUUCGCAAUUUUGGUUGUGUGUGGGGUUUCCUUUCGUUUUGUUUUGUUUCUUGGCAAGCAUACUCAAAGGGAGAUGGGUCCGUUUUUAAAUGCAGCAAGCGAGCAUUGAAAAAAAGCAUCGUGUCACUUUGACCAUCUGACUUAGGCUAUGCACUGUCAUACAUUCUUAGCAGAAACAAAACAUGGCGCGCUCUGUCUCUCUUAAUAUAUAUAUAUAUAUAUAUAUAUAUAUAUAUAUAUAUAUAUAUAUAUAUAUAUAUAUACACACACACGCAUACUGUGCUCAAGGUUUGUAACGGCAGGCUACCAAGCUCACUUUGGUGGCCGGCGAAUUAAUGUCGAAGCUCUAGGCGACUCUCCAGUUCAAUUUAACCUUGUCUUUUCACUUGCAACGAUGACUCUUUUUCUCUGUGUUAAUUUAUAGCCAAACAAAGCAUUCCCUAUUUAAAGACUUAGCGGUCGGUUGAGUGAUAAUUUUGUAAAAUCUCACAGCAGCGUUUGUUUUCUGCAUAGGAUAUAUAGCGUAGAAAGCUUGUAUGCUGUAAUAGAAGGUAACCUCCUCCCCCUGCCCUCGCUUUUCACACGUCGGUGACUUAUUUAUAUGUGGGGAUGAAUGUGACGGGGGGGCCUAACUCUCUCAAGUAUUGCUGACAAAUGAAGGCUUUGCUUUUUUGGUAAUUUUCGAGGUUGACCAAAACAGCCCCUGAAACACGAGUUCACUCCAGAAUUAGGGUUUUUUUCCCUCUCGGUUUUAGUUGGAUUCCAGUUGCAGUCAUUGUACGGGUGAAGAUGGCAGCAGCAGCAUUUAAAACCAGCAGGGUGUGUUUGGAAGGGAUAAGAUGUAAACAGCAAAGGUGUCUUAAGCCGUUGGAAACGGUCUCAGCGCAGAUCCUUUAGAAUAGCGUGGCAUUUCUUUGGCUCUAGCAAGGAGUAACUUUCACUUCUUCCCGUCAGUAAAGCAGAGCUUUGAGUUUCACAGAUCCCAUCCUUCCCAAAUUCCUGCUUUAUUCUGAUGCAAUUGCUGUGGUGUUUUAGGGUUGGCUUGCCUCCCUUUACAGCCCGAGGGUUACGUGUGCCACAGUAUGAGGCGUGAGGCUGAGGUGGUAGUAUGGAUUAUAUAUUGCGUCAGACCACAGAUGGAGGGUCAAAGUUUUGGAAUGUUUCUUAACUUGAAAAAACGACAACACUGUGCGAAAUAGAAUAAUCGUACCGGAAAGAAAAUGGGAGCUGGUACAAACCCUCCCCCCCCCCCCCACACACACACUGCAUAUUUGGUUUUCGUGGAGUGCAUGUUAUGCAAAGCAGCAUUUGGAAAUGUGCAGUGGUGGAAUUCUAGCCGGAGCGCCUUUGCAUAUUAGGCCACACACCCCUGAUGUAGCCAAUCCUCCAAGAGCUUACAAAAAAGAGCCUUAUGAGCUCUUGGAGGAUUGGCUACACCAGGGGGUGUGGCCUAAUAGGCCAAGGAGCUCCUGCUAGAAUUCCACCCCUGGAAAUGGGGAUCCGCCAUCUGCAGCAGGGCCCUCCAUGCGGCCUUCUGCUGCUUCCUUCUGCUGCACGCAUGAGCUAGGCUUUCAUUCCAUGAAGCUCUCCUGAUUCAAAUGCUGCGUUGCAGUGUCUUUGCAUAGCGUCUCGUAUCCUUAAUGUACGGCAGCCCCCUUGCAAGCAUGAUGUACUGGCUGAGCGGCAUUCAGCAUUACCGCCUGCUAGCUGCAGGACUGUGGUCCCAAAUGCCCAAGAUAGUAUUUUGCAAAGCCGUUAAGACAGCGGAAGAAAAUCAUAAUGGCUGCCCGGCAGCUUUGGGAUGUGCAUCUUCUCUGCUCUGCGCCACCCGUGGAAAUGUUGUUAAUUCCAAUGUCACAUUUAGGAGCAGCUCCUGUGACUUGUACACUGAAGGCAGUAGCCAUUAUGUAUCCUGCCUCAUAAGCACUGCAGAACUACUAACUAGCUAAUAAACUUUGGGCAUAACCAAACAGGAAUGGGUUUUCAUGCAGACUUCAGGGAAAUGGACACAGAUUGGAAGGGGGCGGGGUUUGCUGCUGGAAGAUUGGAUUGGAUCUGGCAGAUCUGUUCUUAGUGACAAUGUUUUUUCCCCAGUGGUAGGAGCCCCCCCACCCUUCCCAAAAGCUAUUUGCCCUCUAGGGAGAGCUCCUUCAACCAGAAGAAAGCACUGGUCUCUUGUGAAACAUCUGCAUGAUCAAACCAGUGGUUUCAGGAGUACCACAAAUACUUAUUGUUUGCAGACAGUAGGAUUUUGGGGAAGAAACAGUUAUUACAGGCCGUAGAAAUACAACAGUGUCAGGCAUAGGACUAUCUUCCCCCCUCCUUUCUCGGCUGCUACGUGCAGUCUGAAGUUGGGUUUAAAAAAAAAAAAAAAAGGUUUGAGCAUUCAACUUUCUAGCAUAAAGGUGAACAGCAUGUGUGUUUGUUACAUUUUUCCUUGUUGGCCCACUGCAACCCGACUUCAUUGGCUUCCUGUAUGUUCAGAGCGCUAUGCUGAUUCCACGAAUGCACAGAUAACUGGCACUUUUUUCACUAUCUUGUUUAAUUCGUUAACUUCAAAGCCAAAUAUGUGUGUGUGUGGGGGGGUCCCCCCUAAAGGGUUUAAACAUAACGUUAUUUUAGGUGUAUGGUUUCUUUUUUUACUACUACUCAAACAACCCUGUGUUCUACUACUAUUCAAUCCCAUUCAUCAUCUCUUGCCAUGCCUUGUGGAACAGCAUCUCACCUGGACAAAUAGAUCAACCGUAUACUGGUUUUGCUGGUCUCAGCAGCAGAGUACUGUAUUGCUAGCUGGCCUGUUGCCCCUCAGUCACCAGGUCCAGGAGGUCUUCAUGGACUUAAUUCUCACUUCAGGACCUCCCCCCACUCUCCAGUUUGUCCUUAGCCUGAUCAUAGCGCCCAAUUUCGUUAUCUUCCAUCAGGACCGGAAGAGAGGGGGUACACUGCAGCAGUUGCAGUGAUGGCGGACAGCUGAUAGCUGUCCCCUGGGAUGGUUGGUCAUCUUGGAUGGCUGGUGGUGAUUCAUUGAUGGCAAUGCUGGAUCGCUGGUGGUGAUCUUGUGAUGAUCCUGUCUGGCAGCUGCGGGGGGGAGGGGGGGGGGGGGGGGCGUGGAUCUCGGCCAGCGGCUGGGAUCGAAAAAAAACCCCUUUCUCAUCUCCAGCCUAGCUGUUUCUCCUCUGCGCUGGGACUUAGCUAGGACUGAAAAAAACCCCUUUAUCUUCUCCAGCCUAGCUGUUCCUCGUCUGUGCUGGGACCUGCGCAGGCGCGGUUACGGUUUAUUAUUUCCUUUUGAGUUUUGUAACACAUCACACACUGAAGCAGCUUUAACCUAUAGAGUGUUUCUUUUUUUUUUUUUGUGGGUAACGGAGAGAAGUAUUUAAAAAUGGUAUGAAAGAAAGCUAUGCAUUUUACAGAAAGUUCAAGGGUGUCGUCCCAGUGGUACUCUUUAAGGGAAUCUUUAUAUUCGUGUGUAUAUAAAAUAGUUUGCAUAUACGAAAUAUAUAAUCGGUUUUGAAUUAUUCUCAAAUGGGAGAGGGCUGUGGAAAACGUAACUUAUGGAAAUAAACUGUACACAGGAAACACAGUCCUCCAUACAUAAAAACAAAUUUGACAUGUGCAUGAGAAAUGUCUUAUUUGGUGGCUAUGGAUGAAUGGUUGCAAUUUUGUUAGCUCCAUAAUGUUAGAUUACCACUCUUCCCUGCUUAGCAUUAAAAUACCACUUUGAUCAA